GGAGGGGAAGGUCCAGGGAACCAAGCAGCGUUGCCGCUGCCGCUGCACCCCGAGCUGGAGGAGGGAGAAGCCAGGAAGAAAAUGGCGGCCGUGGCUGCAGAGGCGGCAGCGACUGCAGCGUCCCCCGGGGAGGGGGGCGCCGGCGAGGCCGAGCCGGAGAUGGAGCCCAUCCCCGGCAGCGAGGCCGGCACUGACCCCCUCCCGGUCACCGCAACGGAAGCAUCCGUGCCGGACGGCGAGGCCGACGGGCAGCAGUCUUCUCCUCAGGCCGACGAGCCGCCGCUCCCGCCGCCACCGCCGCCGCCGGGGGAGCUCGCCCGCAGCCCGGAGGCGGCGGGGCCGGAGCUGGAGGCUGAGGAGAAGCUGCCUGCCCGGGUGGCGGAGCCGGCGGCAGCCGCGCCUCAGGAAAGACCCGACCUUCCACCUUCCCCUACACCGCCGCCCGAGAAGCCCCCAGCUCCCGAGGAGCGCCAGGAACCGCCGCUGCCCCAGCCCGCAGCCCCGGCGCUCGUGCCGCCGGCGGGUGGGGACUCCGCGGUGUCGCAGCUGAUUCCCGGCUCCGAGGUGCGGGUCACGCUGGACCACAUCAUUGAGGACGCGCUCGUCGUGUCGUUCCGUCUAGGGGAGAAGCUCUUCUCCGGGGUCCUUAUGGAUCUGUCCAAAAGAUAUGAAGUGCAGAGACUCCCAUUCACGGCUCUCCAUUCUGUUUCCUGCAACAGCACACACUCUGAUGGGUUUGGGCCCCAUGGGAUCCCUGUGACAGUGUUUCCCAAAAGGGAAUAUAAGGAGAAACCUGAAGCCAUGCAGCUCCAAAGUAAUACAUUCCAAGAAGGGACAGAAGUCAAGCGUGAAGUGAAUGGUGCUGUUCCCGAUGACCCUUCUCCCAUCUCGCCUCCUGAGCCAGGCUUGGCUGAAAGCCUGUGGACUUCCAAACCACCGCCUCUCUUCCAUGAAGGAGCACCUUACCCUCCCCCUUUGUUUAUCAGGGACACCUAUAACCAGUCAAUACCUCAACCACCGCCUCGGAAAAUUAAGCGACCCAAACGAAAAAUGUACAGGGAAGAACCUACUUCAAUAAUGAAUGCUAUUAAACUGCGACCCAGGCAAGUCCUGUGUGACAAGUGUAAAACCAGUGUUGUUGCAGAGAAAAAGGAAAUUAGAAAAGGUAGUAGUGCAAGUGACUCUUCUAAAUAUGAAGAUAAAAAACGGAGAAACGAAAGUGUAACUACUGUGAACAAAAAACUGAAAACUGACCAUAAAGUGGAUGGGAAAAACCAAAAUGAAAGCCAGAAAAGAAAUGCUGUGGUGAAGGUUUCCAAUAUUGCUCACAGCAGAGGCAGAGUAGUCAAAGUUUCUGCUCAGGCAAAUACAUCAAAAGCUCAGUUAAGUACUAAAAAAGUGCUCCAGAGUAAGAACAUGGAUCAUGCAAAAGCUCGGGAAGUGUUGAAAAUUGCCAAAGAAAAGGCACAAAAGAAGCAAAGUGAAACCUCUGCAUCCAAAAAUGCACAUUCAAAAGUCCAUUUCACACGUCGCUAUCAGAGUCCUAGCUCAGGUUCCCUUCCACCCCGGGUUCGUUUAAAACCACAAAGGUACAGGAAUGAAGAAAAUGACUCUUCUUUGAAGACAGGACUUGAGAAAAUGCGGAGUGGCAAGAUGGCACCCAAGCCCCAGUCUCGCUGCACCUCUACCCGCUCAGCAGGUGAGGCCCCUUCAGAAAAUCAGAGUCCCUCAAAAGGCCCUGAAGAGGCCAGCAGUGAGGUUCAGGACACAAAUGAAGUGCUUGUGCCUGGUGAGCAGGAUGAACCACAGACACUGGGCAAAAAGGGCAGCAAAAGCAAUCUCUCUGUUUACAUGACCCUAAAUCAAAAGAAAUCUGACUCUUCCAGUGCUUCCGUGUGUAGCAUUGAUAGCACAGAUGAUUUGAAAUCCUCCAACUCUGAGUGUAGUUCUUCUGAAAGCUUUGAUUUUCCUCCAGGCAGUAUGCAUGCACCUUCCACCUCCUCCACUUCCUCCUCUUCAAAGGAAGAGAAAAAGCUCAGUAAUUCCUUGAAAAUGAAAGUCUUUUCCAAAAACGUCUCUAAAUGCGUCACACCAGAUGGCAGGACCAUAUGUGUAGGGGACAUUGUUUGGGCCAAGAUCUAUGGCUUCCCUUGGUGGCCAGCCCGUAUCCUUACUAUAACUGUGAGCCGGAAAGAUAACGGCCUUUUAGUCCGACAGGAGGCCCGUAUUUCAUGGUUUGGGUCUCCAACAACCUCUUUUCUUGCUCUUUCGCAACUCUCCCCCUUUUUAGAAAACUUCCAGUCACGCUUUAAUAAGAAGAGAAAGGGCCUGUAUCGCAAGGCUAUCACAGAGGCGGCUAAGGCUGCCAAGCAGCUGACCCCUGAAGUGCGGGCUCUGUUGACACAGUUUGAAACGUGAACAUGGACAGUAAGGUAGGCAAGAACCAUUGGAAGGCGCCACAGAUUUUCUAGUCUAGUCAGGAGUAACUUCUACGAAAUAGCUUGGCCUGAUCGGAGAGAGGAAUUGUACUCAGUUGGCUGCUUUUUUUUAUACUUACCUUAAUAGCCAUUUUUAAUAGACUGAGAAGCUUAAAGAACAAGCAGUCAAAUUUUGUCUUAAGGAAGUGAGAUUUUAGCAGUAUUUUUCAGUUUUGAAGUCAAACCAUCCCAAGGCAUAGGAGCCAUAGCCUCAACUGAAAAUGAAUUUUUGCAGGGACUGUUAAUGGCCAUUUGUACCUAGUACUGUGUGUAUGUGUGUAUAUUUAUAUAUAUGCACAUGUACGUGUAUGUGUGUAUAUGCAUACAUACAUAUAUAUAACAUAGAGCCGGUCACUGUGUGACACAGGUUGCGUAUUUGGGAUUGCAGUAAGGGCUGAUGGGCUGGUUUGGGGGCUAGGGGCGGGGAAUAGUGUGGCUAUUUAAUGACUACUUGUUUUUUAAUUAAUGAAUACUUAGCCUUUCUAUGUGCACAAUGGCGCCAGAGUUUGAUAGCUAGGUGUUUGACAAACUGAGUUGCUUGCUAUUCAGUUGCUGACUGUGGAAAUAGCCCAGUCUUUGGGGUUAAGACUUUUAAGGCUGACAAGGUUUGAAUCAUCACUCUUUUGUUUAAUGGGGAUUUAACAAAAACUUUCAAAUUUCUGGUUUGGGAGUUUAGGUAGGUUUGUCUUUGGAUAUGUAAAUAGUUGAUUGCUAAAUUUGGUCAGAUUUCUCCUGACUGGCUGUUCCUAAAUUCUUAGGAUACGUCCUGGUAAAUUACACUUUGUGAAUUGUCAUAUGUGUAAUUGUUGCAUUUUGGAUGUACCUAAUUUGAUAAUUUUAAAAAAAUAUUUCGUUUAAGGUAUCUGUUUGCAGGUCAGAAAAUGAGAAAAUGUAAUUGUGUAAUGCUUUGAAAUGUAAAAAAAAAAAAAGCUGUAAAUAAAAUUGACUAAAUCCAAA